AUGAGCACGCGGUCUUUUCCAGUGUCUAGUUCCUCUUGCGUGCAGCCCUUAGCAAUGCACCUUAUUGUUAGAUCGUAUGAUACUCACCUUGUUGAUACGUCCCAAUACCAGUCAGUUUCGGACUUAAAGAUCCUUCUGGCUGAUAAGGACAACCUUCCUCUCGAUAGUAUCCAGCUAUAUCAUGGCACAAAGCUUUUGGAUAGUUGUUGCGGACUAGAUACUCUCUCGCCGAGCAGCACAAUCGAUGUUGUCGUACCCUUAUUAGGAGGCAAAGUCCAUGGGUCGCUUGCUCGCGCUGGCAAAGUUAGAAAUCAAACCCCGAAGGUUGAAAAGCAAGAAAAGAAGAAAAAGCCCCGAGGGCGAGCUAAGAGGCGUAUGCAGUACACUAGCAGAUUUGUCGCUGUAGUAGCUGUGCCCAUGGGCAGGCGCCGUGGCCCCAACUCUAAUAUGAAAACUUGA